AUGCCUUAUCAGAACCUUUUUGUGGCUAAACUCCCACGCAAUGUGAAUGAUGCCGAUCUAGAGCAGAUCUUCGCCGAGUAUUUCCCAAUCAGUGCCAAGGUGAUGUUGGAUGCCGCCACUGGAAAGAGUAAAGGCUUUGGCUUUGUACUCUUCAAGACCGAAGAGGAAGGACGUAAGGCGUAUGAAGGAAUGAACCGUCGACAAGCCGUCACGCAAGGCCACCGCUUUCAUCUCUGCGUGUUUCCCUCGCAGCACUCCGGGCGAUCCGCCUUCUACGCCUCCAACGCGCUCUACAUUCGCAACAUCCCCGUGAGUGUUCCGCAGCAUCAGGUGGAGCAGUUCCUCGCGUCCUUCGGCACGCUCUUGUACUGUGCGAUGCGUGAGGACCACUACGGCAGCCCCGUGUGGGUCGUCUACGCGGAGUACGACUGCCUCGACUGCUCCGCCAACGCCCUGCGGAAGCUGCACGGGAAGAAUUGUUACUUCAACGGCGCCUCCGCCAUCAUGGCGAAGUACGCCGACAGCGAGGAGACAAAACAGGAGCGGCGGCGGCGGCGCGAGGAGGGAAAGUCGGCGCCCGCCACCGCCCCCGCCCCCCGCAGUGCGUGUGUGUUCCCGCCGCCACCCCAACAACACACCGCGCAGCAGCAGCCGGAGCCCAUAAAGACAAACAAACGAACAACAACAACAACUCCAGCGGCCGCAGCGACGGCAGUGACAACGGCAGCGGCGGUUCUUCCAGUCGAUUCGGCGGUGUGGUUGCGGGACACGCGGAAGAGCAGCACGCCGGAUAGCAAUGAGAACAACUACAGUUUCGGCAUGGAGGGCGUGGAGACCGGCGGACGCAAAAGUCCUGCAGUGGUGUAUCGCCACAAUCCCUACUCUCUCGCUCAUCUCGAGAAGACAGUGGUGAAUCAACCUGUUCGAGGACCACGAAAUCUCGUUGCCUGA